CGUCACUGGAAUUCGCAUGAUACUUUGGCCAUAUGAGGCUGUUUUUGUUGAUUUUACUUUUAACGGCAUAUUCGCGCGAGGAUGUGUUACAAAUGGAUAGUAGUAACAUUGAAGAAGCAUUAAAGAGGGAGUUGGUUCUUGUAAAUUUCUAUGCCGAUUGGUGCCGAUUUUCACAACAAUUAAAGCCAACCUUUUUGCAAGCAAGCGAUAGACUUAAGGAUAAACCUGAAGUUUUAUUUGCUGCAGUAGAUUGUGAUAAAGAACCAAGUAUUGCUCAUAAAUUUAACGUGAAUAAAUACCCAACGAUUAAACUUUUUCGACAUGGAGAUCUCAUAAAAAAGGAAUACAGAUCUCAACGAUCUGCUGAGGCCAUUGAAGCAUUUAUUCGUAAACAAUUGGAGUCUCCAGUGCAAUUAUUCAAUUCUGAAGAAGAAUUGUCAUCUAGAAUUGAAAGCGCCAAACGCAAUGUAAUUGCCUAUAUUCUCGAUGACCAAGUACAACCUUUACAUUCAAAUUAUUACAAGUCAGCUUCAUCUCUUCGUGAAGAUUGUGGGUUUUGGCUUGGUUCUGGUGAUUGGAUUUUGCAGCGGGAAGAACAAAUGCAUAGGAAUGCAACAAUUUAUUUUCGCGAACCAAAUGGAAAUUUUGAAUACACUGGUCCAUCGGAUGAUUAUGAUUAUCUUAAAAAUUGGUUAACAGACAAAUGUGUCCCGUUGGUUAGAGAAAUAACUUUUGAGAAUGCAGAAGAGUUAACAGAAGAAGGGCUUCCAUUUUUGAUUCUCUUCCGUCAAAGCGAUGAUAUUGAAUCAGAAAAGCUAUUUAAUUCUAUUGUAACAAAAGAAUUGUUUGAUCAAAAAAAUUCAAUAAAUUUUUUGGUUGCUGACGGAAAAAGAUUUGCACAUCCACUUCAACAUUUGGGGAAAUCUGAAAAAGAUUUGCCAUUAAUUGCUAUAGAUUCAUUUAGACAUAUGUAUUUAUUUUCGAAUUUUAAACAGCUUGGCGAGCAAGGCAAAUUACGUCAAUUUGUUUUGGAUUUAAAUUCUGGGAAACUUCAUCGUGAAUUUCAUCAAGGACCAGAUACUACACCAGAAUCGCCUUCUGAUGGAAAAAUAACUCAACCACCAUCUUCUGUCUUUAAACAGCUUAAACCUGCGGAGACUCGGUUUACUUUUUAUUUUAUAAUCCCUAAUAAAGGAUAUUUAUUUAAGUUACUCUUUUUCGGACAAGACAGAGCUUUAAAUUUGUUGGCUUUAACUAUAUUGCAGGGAUCGAGUUUUUUUAAUUUUCUUUUUUGGAAUAUGUCUGGACUAUUCAUUGAUUUAUCAAGAAAAGUUUUCUCUUAA